AUGAUUUGGUUCAAUGGAAAGUGCUACGAACGAACAAAUUCACGGCUCUACCACAAACAGCUGGAUCUGAGCUUGAUGCAACGUCUACAAAUGGCUGAUGCUGGAUGUGAUAGCAGAAUCAAGACUGCAGAUUCAAAAAAUAAUACAAGAUACAAAAUGCUGUGGAUUACUUCAGAGAAUAAGGACAACCUAGAAUCGAAUGAUCGCAAGAAGAGUAUUGCCCAAAUCUACGCCUGGAUCGAAAAUGAUUUUUAG